AUGUUACCACGAGGACACCGACCCACUGGCCCUUCCCCUGCGCCAGUAGCGCCAGCGACGCCGGCUACGCAUGGAGGCGCUCCCCCGCAACAACAAUGGGGCCAUGACUUGCAUCACCACGACCAGAUCAAGCUCCUGUCCGUAGCUGUCCGGCAGGACGACGAUAACCCAGAGCACUUUAUCAAGAGCAACUCUUCGCAAACACAACUAUCUCUCCAUCGCCCCCCUCUCCGACGUGUCCCCACCCCGCUCGACCCGUCGCUUGCCCUCUUCACCAAACCAAAGUCGGCCAUCGACACUAGCCCCAACCCGGUCAGCGCCUUUAGUCCAGUGGCCACUGAGUCGGUUCGGCAAGUGACCGAUCCGUUUCCAGCUAGCACGACUAAAGAACAAGUAGUGUACUACCCCGCUCCCGCCGUCGAUUGCGCCCCCAACGCCCCCCGCCUCGCAAAUCAUUUCAGCCCCGCCCCCGCGCAGGUCUCACGAGCGCCUUUUCCCAAACAGAUCACCCCGGCCGUCACUCACGACGCACGAGAAGCACACUCAGCACAGGCUCGUCCCGCUCGUGACUACCACGAUCGUGACUUGGACAGAGAAUACCAAGCCCACAACAGAGCACGCCAGGCGAAACCGUUUCCGUCUCUGACUGGCGGAUCGCACUUAUCGCACUCGCCGCACGGGCCGCACGACCCCCGCUCCAGCCUCGACCUCGACGUCCCCGUGUCCGCGUCCUCAGAGUUUGACCACUCGUACUGGUCGACGGAUAGCCACGGCCCAACGAGUCAAGCGAGCCACAGCAGUCACGGCCACGCACAGAGCGCCGGCACUCCCUACGCCUCGCAUUCCUACGAAACCGGCUCGCGGUACGUGCCGCGCGCAGAAAAAGACGCCAGAUACGCCAGCGACGCUCGAGCCCCGCGCGCCCCGCACCCGCCUUUGUCCGCAGCACCUCUAGCUCGUCCGGCUCUAGGCGCCCGCCCGCAUCCUCUUGCAGGUCCAUACCAUCCGUACAGUGCCUACGGUCCUUCCGGCAGCACCAACUCGCCCUGCGGUCCGCCCGACAGCGCCAACGACAGGCCCAAGCCAACUGCAGCGUUCCCCAGUGUUGGACAAGCAGGGUUUCUAAAAACCUCGCUCUCCAGUCCCACACGAGCGGUCCCCGCCUCGUCUUACUCUACCCCCACCACCCCGACGACCCCGUCCCCGACCCGUCGCCGCCCAUCGUUCAGCAAGAGCUUCAGCAACCUCCGCGAGCACUUCAACCGCGGUCGCUCACGCUCGUUUAGUGAUCAAGGCCACGAACCGGCCGCCUCUUUGCCACCCGUUCCGCGAGUGCCAAGUGUGUAUCUCGACCUUGCCACAGACCCGCCCCGGCACCCCCGACAGAACAACAGCAGCAUGUCGCUCCUCCGCAAGAUGACGAAGAAGAGGGAUAAGGAGGCGCCGAAGGUCGCGCCUCCGUCGCAGGGACAGGCUCGCAACAUUCUCGCCGAAAUGGGCGCUCAAAGCGAGCAGCUGCGUCGCCGGCCGACGCUCCCGACGCAACCCCAGAAGAUUCCCGCUGGCUCAGCUCAGCCUCCCUCUGGCCCGCCAUCUGCAUUCCAGCAAGGCGGCGGUCUCCGGUCACAAGGAUCAAUACGGAGCGCCGGUGCGCGCAACGUGCUGAAGGAGAUGGGAGCUGCGAGCGAUCAGAUCCGCGCACGCCCGCCAGGCUCGCACCCUGGACGACCUGGGCCGCGAUCCCGCCCUCGCCCGAAACGACAGGGCACAUUCGAGGCGAUCGUCGUCGGUCAGCUGCCGCCACAGGACGACGAUGAGCCUCCAGCCCACGCCGAUGCCCUCGCCAAGCUGACCGGCGAGCCGUCCGGCGUUCCGAUCCGCCAGCCCCCAUCACCCGACACCGACUCGUCCAGCGCCCAGUCUACCCCGCCCGAGGUCUCGCUCCUUGGGCUCGAGAUUGACCCGAGCGCGCUCCGCAAGCCGGCCGCAAUCGACAUUGACCCGACGGCGCUGCGACAGCCCGCCCUCGCAUACGACGACGAUGUCGGCCUCCCUUACGAUGCACCUGUAGCUGAUGAGAUUGUCCUCGGCGACGCUUACGGAUCGAGCCCGAGUGACUACGGAGGCGAGGACCUGAUCGACUCGUACUUGGACCGGAGCCCGAGUCCGGAACCCGCCCCGCUCCCGCCCGUCGCGCAGGUGCAGCAUGUGCCGCAAGUGCCCGCCAAUCUAGUGCCCGGGCAGGUCAUGCCGAGCACGAUCGUGCCGGGCCAGAUCAUGCCUGGCCAAGUUGUUCGCCCCGCCGCUCUCGACACCGCCUCCCCCGACGUGGUCGAGGACCACACGUGGGCGUUCCUUGCCGCUCGCGGCCUGCCGGACUCGGACGACGAGAAGAGCAGCAGCGACCACGCCGCUGUGCGUCCCUACGGCAGCGAGAGUGGGCACAGCAGUGUGCAGUCGCACAUGCGCCGCGCCUACGGCUCGGAUAUCGGGCAUGGGUCGCAGCUCUCGCACUCGGCGUCGGUGCAGUCGCACGGGUCUGUCCGCCGCGCGCGCCCAGAGCACAAGCAGGCGUCGGGGAACCGGUCCCGCUCCUCAUCUCGAGCCCGCGAGCGCAGAGACAGCAGCGAGAAGGAGUCCGGCUCGGGCCUGUUCCGCAAGGCGUCGCAGCUGGGCCGCAAGCUGUCGACAAAGCAUGCGCGCAAGUGGAGCCGCGAGGGGAGGCCGCCCCUCCCCAACGGGCCGCCGACGAGCUACAAUGCUAGCGCCAUGAGUCAGGCAGAACAGAAUCUCGAGCGCAAGUCUUGCAAGCCCACGAUCCACACGAGCGCGUCCCUCGCGACCGAGAUCUCCCAGGUUCGCAACAAGGACGAUGCGGCGCAGAUGGAGGCGCUGUUCCUCGUGUGA